AUGACACGAAAGGGAAUUUUCCUGCUGUUUCUCUGCACCCUUCCGGCCACAUUUGGCCGGUUGCCCGAAGGCCAAGACCUCAGGGAGCUCAAGGAGGACGAAUGCUACCAGCAGUGUUUCCAUCAAACCGAAGACUCCUGCCCGGACGUGAACUCCCCGUGCAGAUGCCAGCAAUUGGCCAAUUGCAAGAAAGCCGUCGUGUGCUGCGACAUCAACGAUCAAACGCUCAAAGAACAGCUAAAAUGCGCCAAUUUAACGCCUAGACAGCACGAAAUCGAGGCCCUACACAUCCGAAACGCCACGCUGGAGGUGCUCCACUUGAACCUGCCCGAAUGGAAGUACCUGCGAUCGAUGACCAUCACCGAUGGUUACGUGAAGAACGUCAGCGAGGCCUUCCCCAAGAUGUCGAUGGUCUCCUGCUUGAAUCUAUCCUCGAACGGUAUACAAGACAUCGAAAUCCGGUCGCUGGUGAACCUCUACAAGCUGAGCUACUUGGACUUGUCGCACAACAAUCUCACGCAAGUGCCUAAUUUUAAAAAGAAAGGCGGCGUUACGCUCGAUAUUUUAGGAAAUCCCACGAUAUCCUGUAUGAGCUUGAGCGAAGCCAUCAGCAAAUCCGUGAUAACGUUCAACAACGAAAACUCUACAUUUUGCCAAACGACGAAGGACUUCUAUUGGUUCCAAUCCAACGAUCUGGUCAACGUGUCCGAAUUGAGGCGGAUCAAAGAGUUGGAGAAUAAUUGCAUACCGAAUUGCACGUGCAGCCCGUACGUGCUGAAUCUGGGCACUAAAGUACCGAGGGUGCAUACGGUGGAGGUGAAUUGCACUAACAGCAAUUUGUUGAGACUGCCCCAUCAGUUGCCGCCUCACACAGCCACCUUGGACGUUUCCAACAAUAACAUAACGUCUUUGAAAGAGCUGAGCGAACCGUCCUACAAAGAGUUGAUAUUUUUACGAGCCGAUAACAAUUUGAUAACGUCGAUCGAGCCGCUAGAGGGCACCCAAUUCAAGAGUAUAUUCGAACUAUUGAGUCUCAGGAAUAACAAAAUUAAAUUCAUCGACACCUAUUUAUUGGAGUUCUACAGGCCCGCCGUGAGCGUUCGAAAUGUUUAUUUGGGCUUGAACCGGUUGACUUGCGAUUGUACGACCGUCACGGAUUUCAAGAUGUGGCUGCAAACGAAAUCCGACUUUAUAAAGGACUACAAGGAGAUCAUGUGCGAUACGCCCCAAGGGGACGUCAGCGUGAUCGAAAUAGACCCGUCGAAGUACUGCCAAAGCGACGAAACGUGGACGGAUUAUCUCUAUUACAUCAUAGCCGCGGAGGUGUUUCUCCUGGUCAGCCUCGUCACCAAAGUGUCUUACGAUUAUUGGGUGUUCAAAACGGCCGGUUAUUUACCGUGGCCGGCCAGCAAAAUGCCCAAGUUGCCUUGCGAUUGGCUGUGCGAGUGA